UGUAACCUAAAAAAAUAAUUAAAUCAGCAUAGUUAGGAAAUAUUCAUUAAAAUCCAUAAAUGAAAGUUAUAUCGUCGGCACAGUUUAUUGCCAAAGAUCUGUUAUCACUCUCAUCAAUCAUCACUUUUCAUCUUCCUCCAAAAACAAAAAACAAAAAAAAAAUCACCACAUUUCAUCACUUCUCCCACCCCUCCGCCGCCGCCCGCCGCCGCCUCAUGGAAGAGAAAAAAUCCAAAAGCAACAAAAAUAAGAAGCCGAAGCACCAGCACCCCAACGACCAGACCGCCGCCGCCAAAACCGACCUCUCCUUCAAGCCCUCCGCCGACGUCAAGGGCCUCCGCUUCGGCGGCCAAUUCAUCGUGAAAUCCUUCACCGUGCGCCGCGCGCGGCCGCUGGAGCUCCUCCGCCUGCUCGCCCUCCCGCCGGCGCGCGCGGCGUUCGCCUCCGCCGCGGCGUACCUGCCUACGAACUUCACGAUCCUGGCGCACCGCGCGUGGCACACGCUCACGCUCGGCCUCGGCACGCGGAAAUCGAAGGUGGUGGUGUUCGUGUUCGAGUCGGAGGCGAUGCGCGCCGCCGUGGAGCGGCUCUGGCCGGCGGAGAUCCCGCUCGGCGAGGUCAACCGGAAGCUGAUCCGCGGCCUCGCCGGCUGCGAGAUGGCGCGAUUCAAGUUCCGGAAGGGCUGCGUCACGUUCUACGUCUACGCGGUGAGGAGGAUUGGGGAUUUAGGGUUCGUCUGCGCCGAGGAUCUGAGGAGCGUACUGCAGGCCGUGGUGGCGCUCAAGGAUUUCAUCGAUCACACGGCGAUGCUCGCCCUGCCGGAGCAGAGGAGCAUCGGCUGCGCGCCGCCGCUCGCCGUCGCGCAUUGAGAUUUAGGCGUGUUGCGGUUUUUGUUUAAUUAAUUACCAUUUUUUUUUUCUCCUUCUUUAAGUAUUCGAGAUUUUCUUUUUGAAGGAUUUGACUGACGAUAUAUAAUUUUUUUUUUUCAAUUUCUCUUUUGUAAUUGGCAAGGAGGUGGUGGAAUUUUUUGUAAAAAUGGUUACAUAAUUUUUUAAUUUUUAUUUUUGAUGUAAGAAUGGAUAAA